GAAGAAAUCACUGUAUCAACCAGUUGAUUCACAAGCAUGAAAACUCGGGCCAUAAUCAGGCCUCUUUUGCGAGGAUGUCGAUAUAGAGAGGGGGUUCUCCUCCGAAGACAAGGGCUACGAUGGGCAAGUGAUACAUGGGCCUCGGGGCCGGCGCAAAAGGCUGGAGCAGAAUCUGUCAACUUUCCAGGGGCUUUAAACAGCAGCUUUACGGCUACGAUGAAGUUUCAUAACCCUGCCGAGGCUACAGCCAUGCCAACAUAUAGAAUAAUGGAUGCUGACGGCAACAUUGUCGACAACACCCGAGAUCCUCAAUCGGCAUCAGACGAGGACGUUAUUCGAUGGUAUAAGAAUAUGCUGACGGUCAGCAUCAUGGACCUGAUCAUGUUCGACGCUCAACGGCAAGGUCGGACAAGCUUUUACAUGGUUUCUGCCGGAGAGGAAGGUAUAGCUGUUGGCUCCGCAUCUGCUCUGAUCCCGGAAGACGUUUGUUUUCUGCAGUAUCGUGAACAAGGCGUGCUCAUACAACGUGGGUUCACGUUAAAAGAGAUGAUGAGCCAAUUGUUCGCCAAUAAAGAUGAUCAUGGCAAAGGUCGAAAUAUGCCCGUUCACUAUGGCAGCGGGAAACUCAAUGUGCACACGAUUUCAAGUCCAUUAGCUACACAAAUACCCCAAGCUUCUGGAGCAGCAUACGCCUUGAAAAUGCAACGACUGAUCAAUCCCAAUAUUCCACCAAGGAUUGUUGCCUGCUAUUUUGGUGAAGGUGCAGCAAGCGAGGGCGAUUUCCACGCGGCAUUAAACAUUGCAGCUACGAAAUCAUGUCCCAUCGUCUUUGUAUGCCGCAACAACGGCUUUGCAAUUUCAACCGCCAGUAUCGAGCAGUACAAGGGUGAUGGUAUUGCCAGUCGCGGCAUGGGAUAUGGCAUUGAUACUAUUCGAGUGGAUGGCAAUGACAUAUUUGCGGUAAGAGAAGUCAUGAUAGAGGCAAGAAAGCGCGCCCUUGAAGGCAAUUGCAAACCUAUACUUGUGGAGGCAAUGAGCUACCGUGUUAGUCAUCAUAGCACUAGCGACGACAGCUUUGCAUACAGGGCAAAGAGAGAGGUGGAAGAAUGGAAGAGGAGAGACAACCCGAUCACGCGGUUGAGGAAAUGGAUGGAGAAUAAGGGAAUCUGGGACGAGGACAAGGAGAGAGAAGCCAGAGCAUCAAUACGAAAGGAGGUUCUGAGGGAGUUUUCGGCUGCUGAAAAGGUCAAGAAGCCAGCGAUACGAGAAAUGUUCACCGACAUGUACGAGGAACUAACUCCAGAGGCUCGAAAUCAGAUGAAGCAGUUGAAGGAGAUCAUCGAGAAGUAUCCCAAAGAGUAUGAUGUGUCUGUACAUGAGGGAGGUGUAAAGACCUUGGAAUAACGAAGGAUGAGCCAUCUGAACCGAGUCUUCGAGAUCUUUCGAGUACAGUACUCUGUACUCCAUACCCUGGCCCAACGAUGAGACCGUUAUGUGUCAGGACUCGUAUGACGCCCGUAUCUGUCCACAUCAUGGCUGUGGAACAAAGGACAAGUGACACUGCGUCUUCUCCGAAGCACGAGAGAUACAAAGUCGAAUGGAAGGAAAACUGGUUCUUGAGACAUGGUUCUGGGUCGAUGAACAUGGACCUGUGUGGAAAUGUUCCAGAAAUGUGUGGAGGAUGGCAGGGGACGCCGAGCAAGAAGUAGCCGGAAAAUCAAAUUGCCGAUUGGCUGUAGCGCCUCAGCCACGGUGGCUUUGCGGGUUUAAGACAAUGCUAUCUUCAUUUAGUGCCGCACUAAAGUGCUUUAGCGGCAACCAGCCACCAUAAUACGAAUCCUGAGGGUCUUUCGCAAGG